CGGCGGCCCUUGCGCCCUCCCAGCAGCCCGCGCGGCGGCGCGCGGCAGGAUGAUCCACGAGCUGCUGCUGGCGCUGAGCGGGUACCCGGGGGCGGCCUUCACCUGGAGCAAGCGCGGCGGCCUGCAGGUGUCUCAAGAGCUGCCGUUCCUACACCCCAGCGAGACCAGCGUCCUCAACCGGCUCUGCCGCCUCGGUACCGACUACAUUCGCUUCGCCGAGUUCGUGGAGCAGUACACGGGCCACGUACAGCAGCAGGACCAUCAUCCAUCUCAGCAAAACCAGAGUGGAUUACAUGGCAUUUAUUUGCGAGCCUUCUGCACAGGUCUCGAUUCAGUGCUGCAGCCAUAUCGACAGGCACUACUUGACCUAGAACAAGAGUUUCUGGCUGACCCACAUCUUUCCAUCUCACAUGUUAAUUACUCCUUGGACCAGUUUCAGUUACUCUUCCCCUCUGUGAUGGUCAUGGUUGAGCAGAUCAAGACUCAGAAGAUUCAUGGAUGUCAGAUAUUAGAGACAGUCCACAAACAUAGCUGUGGGGGGUUGCCUCCUGUUCGCAGUGCUCUGGAAAAGAUUCUGGCUGUGUGUCAUGGAGUCAUGUAUAAGCAGCUCUCUGCAUGGAUGCUGCAUGGAUUGCUGCUAGACCAGCAUGAAGAGUUCUUUAUCAAACAGGGCCCGUCUUCUGGGAAUGUCCCUAGCCAACCUGAGGAAGAUGACGAUGACCUAGGAAUUGGAGGACUUACAGGAAAACAGCUACGAGAACUGCAGGACCUGCGCUUGAUUGAGGAGGAGAACAUGUUAGCUCCAUCUCUAAAACAGUUUUCUCUGCGAGUAGAAAUGCUGCCUUCAUACAUUCCUGUGCGAGUUGCUGAGAAAAUCCUUUUUGUGGGAGAAUCUGUACAGAUGUUUGAGAAUCAAAAUGUUAACUUGACCAGAAAAGGCUCCAUCCUAAAAAACCAGGAGGACACUUUUGCAGCAGAGCUACACCGGCUCAAGCAGCAGCCGCUCUUUAGUCUGGUGGACUUUGAGUCAGUGGUUGACUGGAUACGGAGCACCGUUGCCGAGCAUCUUUGGAAACUGAUGGUGGAGGAAUCAGAUUUACUAGGACAACUGAAGAUUAUAAAAGACUUUUACCUUUUGGGAAGAGGUGAGCUGUUUCAGGCCUUCAUUGACACUGCACAACACAUGCUAAAAACACCACCUACAGCUGUAACUGAGCACGAUGUCAACGUUGCAUUUCAGCAGUCUGCUCAUAAGGUGCUGUUAGACGAUGACAACCUUCUUCCUCUGCUUCACUUAACCAUUGAGUAUCAUGGAAAGGAGCAUAAAGAUACAUCCCAGACUCGUGAUGGGCCUUCCCGAGAGUUAUCCCCACGUGAAGCCCCUGCGUCUGGGUGGGCAGCUCUGGGCCUUUCUUACAAGGUUCAAUGGCCACUGCAUAUUCUCUUCACUCCUGCUGUUCUGGAGAAGUACAAUGUUGUGUUCAAAUACCUGCUGAGUGUGCGACGAGUCCAGGCUGAGCUGCAGCACUGCUGGGCUCUCCAGAUGCAACGCAAACACCUGAAAUCGAACAGAACGGAUGCCAUCAAGUGGCGUCUGAGGGACCACAUGGCCUUCCUUGUGGACAAUCUUCAGUAUUAUCUGCAGGUGGAUGUACUGGAAUCUCAGUUCUCACAACUUCUGCAGCAGAUAAAUGCCACACGGGAUUUUGAGAGUAUACGAUUGGCUCAUGAUCAUUUCUUAAGUAAUCUGUUGGCUCAGUCUUUCAUCCUCCUAAAACCCGUUUUCCACUGCUUAAAUGAAAUUCUGGAUCUCUGCCAUAGUUUUUGUUCCCUGGUCAGUCAGAACCUGGGCCCACUAGAUGAGCGGGGAGCUGCGCAACUCAGCAUUUUGGUGAAGGGAUUCAGUCGUCAGUCGUCACUGCUCUUCAAGAUUCUCUCUAGCGUUCGCAACCAUCAGAUAAACUCUGACUUAGCUCAACUGCUGUUGCGCUUGGAUUAUAACAAGUACUACACCCAGGCUGGAGGAACCUUGGGCAGUUUUGGGGUUUAAGCACUAAGACCUUUUCUUCAGGCUGUGACCUGCGACAUGUCAAGCAGUGGAGAGGGGUGCUCUUGAGAAAGUUUGGACUCAGCUGCGAUUUUCUUUGUAGCCGGCUCUUGCCUGGCGAACCGCUGUUUUGGAAGGAGUGGCAGGAAGUGUCACUUACGUGAGGUUGCCCAGUGGCUGCACAAAGCUACUCUGCUUUUUUUGGAGCUAUUAAGAGCAUGCUUUCUGCAGCCCUGCAUGUACUUAUAAAUGCUUCCAGGGAGCCAGUCUGUGCUGCUUCAGAAAGCGCAAAAGCAGUAAGAAUUGCAACAUCUUGAUUCUUCAGCUGGAGUACUUUGGGGGGUGGAGUGGGGAGGGUGUGAAGUUCUGGCUGUAUCACAGUACACGAUGUCUGCUAAUCAAACACACACCUCCAGCUAAACGAUGAUUGCCUGAGCAGUUUGAGGUGAAGGGGGAGGGAAGCAGAGGUAGAUUUUAAGAAUCUCUUCGCAUGCAGUGCCCUGUUCCAGCAUAUCUGUAGGUAAAGGUGCCCUCGUGUCACAUGCUCUCUACAACAUAAACUUAAUGCAAUUUGUGUGUUAAAAUUACUAGACAGAGGAGCUUUGCCCUAUCCACAGUACAAAGCUCCUGCUGCUGGCAGAAGAACAUGCUGGAACUGAAACUAUGGAAAAACUUAACUAGGAUGCCAGCCCUAAAUGUACCGUGUUCAUGCAAGACUAUUUAGAAUGCUACUAGUGACUAUCCUAAUGAACCAAAAUAAAACCACCUUGUCAUGCA